UAACACCGUGGCGGCUUCCGGUUCCCGAGGACACGUCACUCAUUGGACUGAGGAAGAGGAGCUGUGCUAACCGCUGCUAGCUGCACACUUAGCCUCCAACCCAAGAAACAUGUCUAACUCCGUGAUCUCGGUGGUCGGCCGGUUCCUGGAGGAGUACGGCUCCUCGACGGUCAACAAGCUGAAGGUGGUGGACGCCUAUCUGCUCUACAUCCUGCUGACGGGAGCAAUGCAGUUCCUCUACUGUCUGCUGGUCGGUACCUUCCCCUUCAACAGCUUUCUGUCCGGAUUCAUCUCGUGUGUUGGCUCCUUCAUCCUCGCAGUGUGUCUUCGUAUCCAGAUCAACCCACAGAACAAGGGAGACUUCCUGUCCAUCUCUCCAGAGAGGGCCUUUGCUGACUUCCUGUUCGCUCACACUGUCCUCCACCUGGUUGUGAUGAACUUCAUCGGUUGAAACUAACUAAUUAGUCCCCUCCCAGAAGAUCACGACAAGAGAAGAUGACAAAUCUCCCCGUCAAGACAUGAUGCCGCAUUCCACCGUCAACACUGAAUCAGUUGCAUCUUGUCACAUGUGAUACAGUACAAUUUUUUUACUGAUAAACUGGUUGAUCUCUCUCUUUUUUUUUUAAAUGUACAAAUUUGUAAAGCAUUCCCUUUUUGCACUGAGGUGACGAAAUAAAAACAACAGACAUGUGGUGAA